AUGGCUGAACAGAGAUGGCAGCGGAGAUGGUUCGUCCUAUAUGACGAUGGGGAGCUGACGUACUCUCUAGACGAACAUCCAGAUACAGUCCCACAAGCCAGCGUGGAUAUGACGACUGUCCUGGAGGUGAGCGAGGCGGACAGCGUGACGGGACACCCCCACAGCAUCGCCAUCACCGCGCCAGAGAGAGUCACCUUCGUGAAAGGCACUUCCAGAGAAGAGGCUAGGUGGUGGACGGACGUACUGAGCGUAUAUCCGAGGAGCAAGGGCCGACACAAACGCAACGCCACGUUUCCCGGAGGUCAGACCGCGAGUUUACUGCAAUCUUCGACAACGAGAAAAUACUCCGCAGACGCGUCGACGUUGCGCGACGCAGCAGACUGCCGGCCGAGGUUCUGUGGCAGCACGACCACGUGGCCAAGGGUCCAGCCGCCGCAGCCAGAGAUACCGAGCCUCGCCGCCCCCACCAACAUCGACACUAAAGUGUAUACAGAUCAGCCGGUGUCGUCCGCGUCUCCGCCCACACGGGAUAAGAUCAACGGCGAGGAGAAGGCUCGCUCCCGACGACGGGACACCUGGCCCGAACCCACCACCUCACCUUCCAACGACGAAGGUCCUGUCUCGUCUCCACUGUUGCAGCAUCACGCUCAAUAUGACGAACAGUUGCGUGAUAUAGCGGCGUCCCUGACCCGCCCGCGUUCACGACGAGCCCUACCGGCCUUGGAGAGACCAACACGACUGCCACCACCUGAUAGAUUACUGGCUCGAGUGAAGGUAGUGAACCGACCGACACAGUGGAAAAUACGGAAGGAGAAGGAGGCCGAGUGGAACUGCCCGCUGAGAGAUUACUGCACGCACGAGCGGGCUGGCUCCAGAGACGAGGGACCGGGGGGCUGGUCGAGACACUGGUUCGUACUCCGAGGAGCGGCCUUGUUGUACUUCAGGGACCCGCACGCUGAACAUAGAGGUCUGAUGGACGGAGUUAUUGAUCUGAGUGGAAUAUCAAGAGUGGUGGAACUGCCGUCCUCUACAACUACAAAUGGAUUUGCUUUUGAAACUGAGACAUGGGAUGGCAAACACAUAGUCUUAUCAGCCGUCACAGCUGGUAUCAGAGCCAAUUGGGUCUCGGCUAUGCGAAGGACGGCCGGUCUACCGGAUACUGGAUCACUGUCUCUUAUUUUAAGAGAGGACUCUGUAGAUCAAGCUUCUGAGUCGUCAACCUCUCCUAUAACACCCAUCACACCGAACACUGCGAAGUCAGGACCAUUUUCAUCGGAUGAAGAAUACAGAACGGCAUCUGAAGGUGGUCGACGGGAUAGCGCAGAUUGGGGAGACUUGACCCUACAACCGCCACCAUCACCUAUUCUUAACCGCACGCCUAUCUCUAAAGUGAAAGAAAAAGUACGAGCACGUGGCUGUCAACAAACCACACCCAAAACAGAAACAAAACUUGAUAAAGAUGAAAUCGAUGCUACCAAAGAAAAAGAUCAGAAAAUAAUAACCGAAGUUGACGAAAACGAUAAACCAAAUGAACCAAGGAAACGAAGUUACGUUUCAACGAUAGAUAAACAAAUAAUUGAAAUCGAGGAUCUACGAAACCAGCUCAAACAAGCACUGAACGAUGUUAAUACAGCCGAGUCAGAACUGGCGAGACUACGAAAACUGAAAUCUGAAGCUGCUUUAAAAGAAAAGAAAAUGGAAGAACUUGUAAUAACACUACAACAAAAAGAAGAAGAACUGGCUGCUAGAACGAAGGAAGCAGAGAGUUUGCAUACAAUAAAGCAACUAUAUAAUGAACAUAACAAUAUGUGGGAAAAGAAACUGACAGAAACACAAAACUUUUUAAAAGAAUCCAACGAUCACUGCGAAAACUUGACACAGCAGUUAUCGACGGCCCAUGACACUAUAAAGCAACUACAGAGAGAAUUAAAUGAGCUUAAUGAUAAGCUAAUGAGAAGUGUCAAAGAUAACGAUAAGUUAUAUGCAAGGAUACGAGAACUCGAACAUAAGGUUAUAAACGAGUCACCCACAAAAGAAAAGAGGAAAAGCAUUGGCUCACUUAGUGAUCUUAGCAACAUUAAUAAAGAUUUGAAUCUCGAGUCUUUAGAGAAAAAUAGACUGAUACAAGAGUAUAUAGAGUUAAGGGACAGGUUUUUAAAGGCUAUAGAGGAAAUUAAGGCCAUGAAGAAAGAGCUUCGCGAAUCCCAUAACAUGUAUGAUGAACUAGAAAUUACUAACAUGAAGCUGAGAAACGAAAUGAAAUUGAGAGAACAAUGUAUCAGAUCAGAAAUGGAUUUAAUGGCUACACGUAUUUUAGAUUUAACACAGAAACUUACAGCUUCAGAUAAACAAGUGCGAACUUUGAAACAUAAAAUACAGAAAACGGAAUCCAGAGAAAAGAGGCGCAGUUUGUCAUUGAAGGGCAGAGAAUCAUUUACGUUAGGAAAAGAAUUAGAAGAAAAAUUGACAGAACUUGAAAAUAAGAUUGCAUCUCUAGAAAACGGCGAAUCCGUGCCUACGAUCAAUUCACCUUCUAAAAGUGCUUCUCCUGCCAAGGAAAAAGUGUCCAAAACCGAUAGUACCAACGACGAGAAACGAAUGAAAAGAUUAGCUGCUAGACUGAGACGGAAGUCAUUAGACAGCGCUACGAGUUCGGAGCCCAUGAAAAUGCUAGUCCGCUUGAGUUCGCUUGAAACCAAAGUUGCAACUGCUAUAGAAAAUCGCCGAGAUUUAACAAAUUCCUGUGAAUCUCUAAGUCCCAUGGCAAGAUCCCCGGAAGGUACAAAUAAUAGCGAAAGCUUAGAAAGCUGUACAAUUGGGACACAAUCACAGAGGCAUCUCUUGGAUAGGCUUCAAACUCUUGAAAAUAUUAUCAUACAUUCACGAAGCAAAAUUAAUGACUGUCUUAGUCAAAUGAGCGCAAUGCGAGCGGCUAAGUCUAGACGAUCUCCAUCACCGAGCGUUGAGAAGAAAUAUAGUAUAAAAUCUAUGGAAAAGUGUUUAAUGGAUGUCAGCAAAAGACUACAGGAAUGCUUUGAUAAGUGUGUUAUAGACCCUUCAGAACAAGGAACUGAGGACAUUAACGACAGCGUUGCUCAGGUAGUAGUACAGCUAGAAGAACAACUGAGGUCUAAACUUCUAGAAAUAUCUAAAAAGAAAGCAGCUCUUUAUGAAGCUGGAGAAUUAACGCAAAGAAAGAGUUUAGAAAUUUUGGCAGAGAAGUUGGCAUAUGAGGCGGUUCUGAUCGGACGAAUACAAGAGGCCCUCGAGUCGUCUAACGGAAGCAGAUUCUUUGCUAGACUAAUAAAGUCUGAAAUAAUCGAAACUAGUCAAUUGAUCGAUAACCUUAAGAAUAAAAUAAACGGAGAGAAAACCACAUCCGCCACAAAGAGCUCCCUUGAUUAUCUGGCGAGAAUACUUUCACGUAAGAUCGAUGUGAUGUCUAACAAUAGAGAAGAAGACGAUCCGAGUAAAUCAGAAGUGAUUAUACAGAGCGCAGACCUUGAUGCCUUGAAAACUUCCCAGAAAGAGGUCGCGGAAGCUGUUGACAAAUACAAGACCGAGAAGCUGGGUGAACUGUGUUCUGCGCUCGCUAACGAAACACUACACUACGCGGCCGUUGGAGACGAGCCCGAGCGACAACGAGCCGGACUUGAAGCGGCUCGGGUUCGGGAGGCGUGGGCGGCAGCACGAGACGCCCUCGGAGCUGAACUGGUACAAGCUGAGGUGGCGCGUGCGCUGGGACGAGCGGCGCAGCUCUGCGAGAGACGGCUGCACGAGUCCAGGAACGCGCGACUCACACUUACAGCGCAACACCGGGCCGACUUGGAGCUGUGGUGGCAGGCAGCUCACGACCACCUGCGCUGCGAGAUGGACGCCGCCGUGCGAGAUAUAGCUGCGCGCUACCGCGAGUGCCUCGCCGCUGACCGGCGCCGCGAGGGCUCCCCGGGACUCGACAGCCGCGCGCUGCUGCAGCAGCUGGCCGACGUCCUCGCUCAGAAGGCUCUCGUGGACGCCCGCGUCGCCGUCCUCGAAGGCACCUACCGCGCCUCCGAACCGUUCGACGCCGGUCGCCGUUCCGAGGACGCCAUCUCCUCGUUGGAGACCGAUCCCGCCACGGAGGCCGAGUUCGUCUACCUGUUCCGGCACUUCUCGACCGAGUGCCGGGCGCUCUUCUCCAGUGACUGUUCGGGCAACAGUGAAGACUCGAUGAAGAUCGGCGAGAGCCUCGAGCGCGCGGAGGCGGCGGUGGCGGCGGCGCAUCGCCGGCUGGCGGGGGAACUGGCCGACCAGCGGGCGGCGGAGGACGAGGACGCGCCGGGCGGCGGGCUGGUGCAGCGGCUUGUUGCCUUGAGGCGACGUGUGGACGCGCUGCAGUGUCCGCAGUGUGCUCGACUACAGGAGGCUCUGGAGCGACUCUCUGCCGAACGUGCACGCAGUGAAUGUGCUCUGGCGCAGCAAGCUGCCGCACUAGCAGCAGCUCGCCGCGCUCGGGCCCAGCUACAGGCUCAACAUGAAAGAGAACGCUCCGGACUGCGAGAACGAGCCCGCACACUACAGCGACGACUGGCCGCGCUCGACUCAGAGUACUCAGCCCAGCUGGAGAGCCUCCGAGCGGCGUAUCAGCAAACAACGCAGAGCGCGGUGUCGACGGACGCGCACGGGGACGGGCUGAGGGCGCGCUACCAACAAGAGAUCGAGCAGCUGAGGGCGCUGUGCGAGAAGGGACUCAUGGCUAUGGAGAGCAGUCACCGCCGCAUCGUGAGGGAGAUGGAAGACAAGCACCGCGCGGAAAGAGAUCAGCUCAGGUUGGAGAAAGAGCAAGCGUUGGCGGAAGAGACUCGCGCCACGUUAGCCGCGCUGGACGCCAUGCGGAAGGCACACGAGAGCGAAGUCCGCCGCGAGGUCGACAAGUUCAAGGCGGAGUUCCUCGCACGAGGCGCUCCCGACCUGGGACAGCUCAGCUCGAGGCACCAACAGGAGAUGGAGGAAAUAAAACGCGAGAUCCUGUCUCUGUCUGAGAAGUACUCUGUGAAGUGUGUGGAGUCCGCGGCGUUGGAGGAGCGGCUCGCGACCACCGCGGCCCAGCUCGCACACGCGCACCAACACAUCAUGCAACUGGACGCGCGCAACAAACAACUUCGAGCCCACAUCAUGUCGGAGGCGAACAAUGAGCUGAAGAACUCUGAGGCGUCCACACUCGCGCAGCUGUUAGAGGACGCUCCGUCGAAGUCACCUCGACCGAGUCCUCUGUCUUCGGGCGGAGUGUUCAGCAGCUCGGACAGCGCCAGGAACAUGACGCUGUCACCGGUGCAGAACUAA